AGGAUAAUGAUAUGUUAUGUUUAUUCUGAUCGGUGAUAAACCAGCUCCGCACUAUAUAAAAGCGUUUAUGCUUCACUGCAGUUCAGUUACUAACAAUGCCCAUAACAUCACGGAGAGGCAGAAGAAGGAGCAGAAGCAGGAGUAGAAGCAGAAGUCGCAGCCGAAGUACUUCACUGAGAAGAAGACACAGAUCCAGAUCUCGCAGCGGUUCAAGAUCGAGACGACACUCGAGGUCUCGACGUGGCUCACGAAGAAUGCGAUCUUCUUUAAGGAGCUCUAGAUCAAGAUCGAGAUCGCGAAGUUCACGCCGCAGAAGGUCUCGCCGAUCAAGAUCGAGGUCCCGACGUGGUGGCAGGACUCGUAGAAGUGUAAGAUCCAGGAGGGGCGGAUCGAAACGAGUUGGAGCGAAAAGACGUCGUGCUAGAAAAGUAAAAGUGUAGUGCAGGAGCACAUACUACUACUUAUUUACAAAUCACACUGACCGAAUGAACAAUCAAUAAAUCUUGCAUGCUGCUUC